AUGGCCAGAAUUCCUGGAUUCGCGACUGUUCGGCGCCGAUAUCUCACGACAAGGCGUAGUAAGAAACGUGAGAACGAUGAGAGUUCUUGGCUAAAGGAUACGUUCCUUCCCUGUGUCAGCGAUUGGUUGAGGCCGCAUAUCACCUUCCUCAUUGACAAGCCAGGAGAUCUUGUUUGCCAAAUUUGUCACCAUAGUCAGUUGGCGCUCCGUAGUGAGGCAGAGGCGAGAGGUCUAUACGUGGAGCUCUGGGAUAGUGUUCCCGCGAUGUUGCCUUGCGGGCACGUAGCGGGAGCUCAGUGUUUGGAGAUAUGGCUCUGGGAUAACAAGAGCUGCCCAUUUUGUCGACAAAAACUCGUUCAUAGUGAAUGCGGGCAUCAAGUACAACCCCGACAUCUCUUCAGCCAGAACGUAGCCUUUACGCCGAACUCAAUACCAGAUGGAGGCAGCAUACCGGAAUUAUGUUACACAUGCUACAAGGCUGCUCUCUGGGUUUCAGCUAACUUCCGGUAUCGAACUUGCAAGCGCCGGUUCGAACAAGCAAGAAGCAGGUAUCUUGCGUCUGAAAGCCAGGCAGACGCUAAUAUCCUGCUGCACAGGAAAGUCGAUUUUGAGAAGGUGAUAGUAGAGGAGUUCUGGGAGAAAGCUAUUACAAGCUGGCUGACCCGUUGGUAG